AUGCAUGGUACAGAUAAAAAAAGAAGAUCUUUGUUAAACAAAACAACAGAGUCUUCUGAACCACCUAUUAAGUAUCGGCGUAUUACGGAAGAAAAUUGUCGUAGUGCGAAAAUAAUUGAAAGCGAACGCAGAUUAAGUGAUAAUGCAAAACUUCCUCCGGAAUCCUCUACUAAUGCAUCAGAUGUUGAAGUCUAUAACGACCCGUCAAACUUCCUCAGCUGCAAUUGUCUUGGUUCACCACGACAGGUCUGGCAAAUCCUUUGCAAUUCGCGUGAUAGACUUGACGAAAGAAGAGUGGUAAGAUGCAAGAUAAAGAAGGUGAAAGGCAUUCAUUUCCGAAUUACUGCGCUCCUGCUAAUGAUGCAACUAUGCGAACAUAUGGAGUAUCGUCGCGAAACAUACCACCGUGCUGUAGACAUAUUCGAUCGUGUAAUGACCGUGUUUGACUUUGCAAAUAUGGAUAAGGGAGAUGUAAUUUUCACAGGGAUUUUCGUCGUCUUCAUCGCUUCUAAAUUAGAGGAAAGGCGAAAAAACCAUUGGAAAACUAUAGCGGAUUACGUACGUCAAGUUUCCCCAUGUGGUCGCUUGGAAACAGAAAAUAUGUUCGAACUGGAAAUGAAAAUAAUUAGCAGUGUCAGUUGGUCAUUAAGGACUAUAACUGCCUUAGAAUGGGCUAAAAUAUAUACGCAUAUGACGCGAGUUUAUACCAUAUACAAGCGAAUUUGUAAUCUAACCUUGGCCCAUCAGUCAACACCAACUAAAAAACGAACAAAAAUAACAUUAGGAGUAUCUGAUGAUGAAGAAGUGGAUUUCUUCACAUGGGCAGAACUGGACGAUCUCGUCAUAGGCGAACCAUCAUCUCCAGGUGAUUGGAAUAAUCGAAUUGCCAUCGCACAGGUUCUAGAUCUUUGCACGGCAGAUCUUUACAGCUUUAAUUUUACAUACCGUCAACUUGGAGCAGCAGCAUGUAUUUCAGUGUUGGGUCUAAACUAUGAAAUAGCAGCAAAGAUUACAGGCCUCGAAAUGAAAGAUUUACGACCUGCACUAGACUUCGUAAAUUCAUAUCGACGAAUCUAUAUGGAAUAUGUCCACAAGGAAGGCAUCAAUUUAGCUGUUGUUCAGAAUGAUGACCCACUGCAUGGUUUGGAAGAAUCAGAUGAAGACGAAGAAAUUGAAGUGGUGGAAAAUCGAGAUGAGAAACCCAGCGUCCCGGAAUCGAUACAAAACGUUGAACAUAUACAACCAAAAAUGUUAAAAACUAAAAUAAGAUUUCCGACUCCAAAAUGCAAGCCUGAUCAUGAAACUCUCAAAACAUCAGGAUUCAUCAAUGAAAUGUCGGAGAGUAUUGGAGAUGUGUCAGAGGAGCAAGGACCGUCAAAUACCUCGCCUAAAUUCAGGAAAAAAUCAAGAAUAUUCGUGUCUGACACAGAAGUGUCAUUGCUGGAAAUUAAUAUCAAUUCUCCGAGCUUCCAGAAUAUUUCUAUAGAAGCCAAUAUACCAGAACAACAGAGACUAAGGAUUUUGUCAUCUAAAAUUGAAAAUAAAAAAGAGAUUAGGCGACCCAUUAACUUUAUCUUUAUGAAGAAAAAACAACUUCCUACCGCAUUAUCCCCAGUAGUUGCAAACAUGUUCUUUCAGGCUCCACCACCAGAAACACAAGCACUUCCAUUGCAGGUGCCGGUGAGCCAUGCUACAAACAAGGCAGAAAAUGCAGAAGUCAUUGAAAAAAGAUGCAAAAAAAUUAUCGAGAUGGAGUGUGAAUGUGGAUGUGGAAAACGAGACGUAAUUGACGACAAGCUUGAAUUAGAGAGAAUGAUCAGUUUAUUUUCACAUCAAAAGGGAGAAGGGAAAGCCGUUGCAAAGUUAUUUAUAUCCAAACGUAAUCAAUGCGGGGAAACAGAAAUAUUGCGUGAGAUCGCUAUCCCCCAUCCGAUUGAAGUUCUGGAAAAGCAAAUAGGAAGAUUCUAUACUCAGUCUUUUCCCCUUGAAGCACAAAUAACGCACCGUGUCAUAAGACGUUUACAACGAUUUUGGCUGGCGUGUGAAAAUAGUCAGCCAUGCAAACGCCGGCAUUCCCAUUCAGCAUGGCAAAAUAGACGUAUAAACGUAAAUGUGCAAAGAAGAAAGUCCAGAUGA